AUGAAUAAGUCUUACUUAUGGUUACCAGCUAUUCUUGCUUUUUGUCUGUCAUCCGUGACUGUAUUAUGCAGUACAGUCAACCGAAGGGUUUGCCUCAAUGCUGCUUCCGCACAGGAACAUGGUUUAUUAUCUGAAUGUAUCAAAGAGUGGAAAACGUACCCUUGGGAAGCAUUCAGAGUUGAUAAUUCCUCUGAUUGCUCAGCAUGCAGAAUUAUAUCACCUUUCGUAUGGGAUUCUAAAAUUUCUACUUUAUUGUGCUCAAAUCGCAUGAGUGGUCAAGAGUGCCAAAGAAUUAUUGAUGCGUUGUCCCAACUUAAGAAUAUUAAGAAUCGAAAUGACGUUUUGUGCAAUAUACUAACACUGUGUGAUUCUCACACAUACAUUAAGGACCUCAACUUUGGAGUUCCACUAUGUGAUGAUUGCAAACGUUUGGUUAAUGAUGUACGGAUUAUGAUCAAAGAUAACUCAACAGCUGUGGAUAUUGAAAAACAACUGGAUGAGUUAGUGUGUAACAACCUCCCUGGUGAAAUUAUACCAUACUGCAAAAAUAUAAUAAACGCUCAUGUUCCGUAUCUGCUGCAAAUGCUAGCUGAUAGUUUGAGCCCUGAUGAUAUUUGUGGAACACUGGGGUUUUGUGUUAACGGAAAGGUCAAAUUUACCCUAGCUGAUUUUGCAGCUCGUAAACGGAAAUGUCAUGAAAAUAAAAUGUAUUCAUGGAUUAAACGUCCAUCUACUAGCGACAAUCAUAAAUGGACUUCGUACAGUACACAAGCAGCACCAACUUGUCCAGAGUGUCUAAAUGUACUAAAUCAAUUCAAGACAGGUAUACAGGAUUCAACCAUACAAGAACGUUUAAAGAAAUUACUUGAUGAGAAAGUGUGUGCCCAUAUGGGCUUCUUUAGUGCUGCGUGUAGAGAAGCGGUAGAAUAUAACUUCGAUCAAAUUCUCAGUGGUGUAUCCCAAGUUGAUGCUAAAGAAUUGUGCAGUUUGUUUGGAAUGUGUUCGAAUGAAGAAAUUAACUUACUGAGUGACGAAACAACAUUAUCAUCAUCGACAACAACAACAACAACAUCGUUGUCUACUAAGCAAAAUGUUCCAGGUGUUUGUCAAUUGUGUGAAAUGAUAGUGCAUAAAGUAUUUCAGCUUAUUGCAGCCAAUCGAACUGAGCGCGAAAUUAUGUUGGCUUUAGAAUUGGUUUGUGACUACCUACCAUCUAGUUAUAAGGGUCAAUGUGUAAACUUUGUUGACAAUUAUGGUGUUAAAGUUGUUGAGGCUAUUGUUGAAGGCACUGGCCCUGGUCUAGUCUGUACAGGCAUGGGAUUGUGCAAUCCCUUUACAUCAUCAGCAAUUAAUGAACACCACCAACAACAGCAACAACAACAAGAGAAACUUCCAAGUCAACUAGAAAAUACUCAACCGGUGAAAACUGAAUCAACUGUCGGCAUAGAUGCUUGUAUAACAUGUAAAUUCUUCGUUGAAACAAUUUAUGGUCAAUUGCAAAAUAAUAAGACAGAAGAUGAGUUAAGACAGUUAAUUAAAGGUGCAUGCUCUAUCCUACCUAGCGGUUUUGCUGACAGAUGUUCUGAAUUGGUUGAUCGUUAUUUUGAUGAUGUACUCAAGUUAAUAGAAAACAGUUAUACUCCUGAACAAAUAUGUCACAUGAUCGCACUUUGUCCAGCUCUACCGUUCUGGAGUUUAUCUGAACAAAAUCCAUGCCUUCUAGGCUCAGAAUAUUGGUGUCGUGACUACAGUACUGCAAAAAUGUGUAAUGCUCUCCAUUAUUGUAGUUCAACUGGUUGGAAAACCUAUCCAUCGAGUAAUCAAAAUAAAAUGUUUAAAUCACAAUGUGAAUUGAUGAAAUUGUCAGAAAUAUGUGUUAAUUCUGAGCUAGCUAAAAAGUGUAAUCGUGUAAAUGAAUGUUAUCAAGAACAAGUGAAAAAAUUCUUGAAUUUAUUCAGUCUUUCAUCUAUGAAUAUUGACAAUAAAACACCGUGUUCCGUCUGUGUAACAAUGACUACACGUUGGCUAUUACAAUGGGAUGUAUUCGGUGGACCAAUUAUUAAUCGUAAUAUAUGUGAUGUAUACAAAGAUGCUGAACUUCAACAGUGUUAUCAAGUCGUCGAAAAGGCUGGAAUGCUUCUGAUCAAUUCGCGUAAAGAUCGUCAGCGUGUUGAAGAAAUAUGCGCUCGUACAAUUCAUUGUUCACCAGUAUCAGACGAAGAUAUAAAAGACAAUCAACUCACUUAUGAAAGAUUAGAACAACAAGAAGGCCUUGCUGCUAAUGAAUUCGAAAGGAUCGCUUGUCUAGGCGGUCCUACAUACUGGUGUUCAUCAAAGGAGACAGCGAAAAAGUGUAAUGCAACGAAUUAUUGUCAAGUCGCCUAUUGGCCUGAUAUUCAUCAUAACAGCAACAACAACAAUAAUAAUGUGAAUGAAGAUGUCUCAAAACUAGAAAAUAUUCGAAAUAAUAAUAAUAAUAAUCAUGAAGACAAUACAGUUACCCCAAGGAUUAAAACACAAUCUGAACAUCUAUUAGGCAUUAAACCAUGUACAUGGGGACCGGCUUAUUGGUGUAUAUCAGAGAAAACAGCUAAAGAAUGCGGUGUUGAAGCUUUAAGCCAUUGUCAAGAAAAAGUUUGGACAACCAAAUCACCAUCAUCAUCAUCAUCAACAGCUACAACCACAACCACAGUGACUACAUUACCACAUAAUAAAAAGUAUUAUGGGAGUGAAAGAUGCCUACGCGGGCCAGCAUUUUGGUGUGCAUCAUUCAAUAAUGCUAAAUUAUGCGGUGACCAUGCUGAAAAGUAUUGUAUCAAUUAUGUCUGGUCAAAUAUUCAUAAAAUAAAGGUCAGCGCGAAAAACCCGUAA